AUGAGCAAUCUACGCGCUCAAAAGCGUCUGGCAUCUGCUGUAUUCGGUUGUGGAAAAAAAAAGAUUUGGCUAGAUCCCAAUGAAACUGCAACCAUUCAAAAUGCCAACUCGCGUAAAAUGAUACGAAAGUUGUUUAAAGAUAACUUGAUUAUUCGCAAACCUGUGACAGUCCAUUCUCGUUCUCGAUGCCGAAAAAACUUGAUUGCACGUAGAAAAGGUCGUCACUCGGGAACGGGUAAAAGAAAAGGUACAGCAGAUGCACGUAUGCCUCAAAAGGUCCUGUGGAUGAGGCGAAUGAGAGUUCUUAGGCGUUUACUUAAGCGGUAUAGAGAAGCUCACAAAAUCGAUAAACAUCUGUACCACUUAUUAUAUCAACAAUGCAAAGGGAAUCAAUUUAAAAAUAAAAGAGUUCUCAUUGAUCAUAUUCACAAGAAAAAGGCAGAACGUCUCCGAGCAAAACAACUCAGUGAUCAGGCAGAAGCACUGCGUCAAAGGAAGCGUGAGUCCCGGAUGAACCGUCAGCACAGGCUCGAAGAGCGAAAAAAGGCCGUGAUUGAGAGCUUUAAUACAGCUGUUGCUAAAUCCACAACCCCAGUCGCUCAAAAGCCCAUCCCUUCAGUGGAAACUAAACCUAAGGUAGAAGUCAAGCCAGCUCCGGCCCCUGCACCAGCCCCAGUAGUUACACCGACGUCUCAGCCGUCUGUUGAAAAGGUAGAAGUUCCAACAAAACCUGCAUCUCUCAAAGUGUCGAAAGUUGCACCACCACCGAAAAUCCCAACUGCAAAAACUCCUGCAGCUCCACCUAAAAUACCUGAGCCUGCUUCAGCCAAGACAACGUCUUCUAAAAAACCUGCCAAGCGUUAG